UUAGCCAAAUUACUGAAGUUCAGAGGAAGUGACGGGAAUACGGGAGCUUUACAUGUUAACGUUAGACGAACAGGAGAAAAAAAACUGUAUAAAGAGAAGGCUUUUAAGAAGAAAAUGUUCGUGUAUAAAUAACCCGGUGUUUUCUGAAUCACGAGUAAACAUUAAAUGGAAAUUCAAACUUGAUGGAGGCGCAAUUUCUGCGACCACGAUCGAGCUGCAAGUAACAGUUAUUUUUCUUAUUAUGUGAUUUAGUCAUCGAACGUUAACUAACCUAACGUUACCUCUUUAAAAAAGUUGUUUACAUUCGCUUUCCACCGUUCUGUCGCCUGUUUUAAGUAAUUUGCUCUGACGAUAUGUCCCAUUGUUGUGUUAAAUGAGUUUACAUCCUUGGCGUCUUUUGUAAUGAACUCGAGAGCCACUUUACAGGCUUCAGUCCAGACAGCGUUCGUCGCGUUUGCGCUGCUGUUGUCGGUAAGUGUUUGCUCACGGUUGACGGUGCUCGUUCGUCUCAACGAUGGUCAAAUAACGGAGGAGCUUUUAGAGGCGGAUAGUGAGAAGGACAUUAUAACAGUUGAGUUCAAGCAGACAGACGGGACUCUCAUCACAUUCCUCUCUGAUUUCAAGCGCCAUGUAAAGAUUUUUCGUGCACUGGUGCUUGGGGAGCCAGAGAAGGGCCAAUCUCAGUACCAGGCCCUCUGCUUCAUCUCACAUUUGGAUAAUGGAGAGCUCAUCCCCAGUGAGGCCAUGGCUCGACUCAGACAGAAAAACCCUCAUGUGGUGCGAAGUGCGGAGGAGAGACGUGGUGUGGAAGAGUUCACUAUGAACGCGGUGCUCAACAUGAGUCGUUCCUGGCACCUCAGUACUCAUAUUCAUAAUGUCUGCAGGGAUGCACGAGACCUUGUGUACACAAGACAACAAGAUGUCAAAUACUGGCUGGACAAAGGGGUGGAAGGUUCAAUAUUUGAGGUCUUUCCUCAGAGUCUGAAUGUGACUGGCUUGGAGAGCUGCAGCUCCACAACAGACCCGUGGCAGCCCUGUGCCUGUAGUUACAGGUUAAACCUGGAGUGGUUCCCCUGUCAGCUGAAGUACUGCCGGGGCCAGGGGCCGAACCCUUACAAGUGUGGCAUUAAGAGCUGCAGCAAAAGCUAUCGCUUUGACUUCUACACACCUCAUAAACAGCUGUGCCUUUGGGAUGAGGACACUUAGUAGGACCUCACAAAGGAAAAUUACUUUUCCUCAAAAGGUUUUUUUUUUUUUUUGUGGAAAACAUUUUUGUAAGGUACUCUACAACAAAGUAAAUAUUUUACUGAAAGGAAUCGUUUUGAUAAUGAGAUUAUCUUGAAAUUACUUGCGCGCUUCAGUGUUUUGAAAGCAGCUAUACAUUUUGUCUCAACAGACAACUUUCUCUGACUUUAAUGGGAGUGGGGGAAUGGGUAUUUUGAUAUGGAUUGUCAAGCCAUUUGUCUUUUCUACUUUGGACAUCACUACAAUGGUACCUCAGGGCAGGAAAUUGUGCUAUCAUUGAAGUAAAGUUUUAUAUUUAGUUCUGCUUAGGGUAGCUCUUGUUUUCAUUCUUUUUAGUUUUUUCUUGUUACAAUUUUUGAAUGUAAAAUUCUUAGCUAUCCAUAACAUUCAAAAUGUUGAUGAUAGAAUUAGUAUAAAGCAGAGUAUUUUGAUAAAUAUUCAAAUCCCAUUGUACAAAAUAAUUACAGUAUGAUGUCGGAAUGUUUUUUGUGUGUGUGUGUGUGUGUGUGUGUGUGUGUGUGUGUGUAUUUUAGAAGGUUUCUAAGCUGUUUGAUUUUUGUUUUUUUGUUUUAUGUUAAACCUUAUUCAUGUUCUUUUACUUGCUUUUACCAUGUUGCCUUCAGGAAUAGUUCAGACAAAAAUGAAAAUGUUACUCACCCUCGGGCCAUUCAAGAUGUAGAUGUAGCAUGAAGCAGAAAUGUAGCAUUACAUCACUUGUUGACCAUGGAUCCUCUGCAGUGAAUGGGUGCCAUCAAAAUAAGAGUCCAAACAGUUGAUAAAAACAUCACAAUAAUCUACAAGUAAUCCACAUCACUCCAGUCUAUAAAUAAACAUCUAAAAAGCUAUGUGCUUGUUAGAACCAAUCCAUUUGGGACUUUUUUUUCCCGUUUUUGGGUGAACUAUUCCUUUUAGUGCUUCAGAGACUUGUGAUUCUGCCUACUGCAUUGUCAAAUUAUUGCCAUGUAAUACUCUGCAACUGCUGCAACAUAAUUUCUUUGAGUUUUCAGCAUCAUCAUAAACAUUUAAAUAAUUCA